AUUGGCUGAUGUUAGCAGCGGAGGACCUUGCUGAAAUGCAAAACUUGUUGCUGGUUCUUGCGGUCGUUGCGCGCAGCGCUGAGCGUCUCAGACAUCAGUAUGUGAUCUAUCGGUGAAUCGUUUCCAGCUGGAGUGGAGCAAAUCUCAAAACUGGUGCUAUUAGAAGAGGACUCCCUGAAUGUGCAAGUGUUGACUGUAAUUGAAAUUGCAGUCAAGCUGUUCGAUUGCGCGGAAAAUGAGCAGGACCGAUGGGACUGUGUUGCCCAGCAGCUCUGUGGUGGCGGGCUUUGGAUAGCGCAUGUGCUGCCUAUCGCUCGGAGCUCCAAAAGACGGGCGCACAAAGACGGGAGUUCGGGGUUUACCCCCUCAUACACGGGACUUUCUCCUGUCCUUUACUUUGGUGUCAUCGCUUGUUCAGCUCAGCCCAAGGGAACUAUUUCUUUACAACUUAUGCCAUUUUAAAGAAGCUUACCCAUUUCUAAAAGAAGUGGAUACCAAAUAAUACGCUGUUCUGGAUUCAUAUGGACAUGGAUAUUUUUGUGGUACUCUGGAUAGUGUUGUGAUAUGCGUUCAAAAUGGAUUUUUAAAUAGAAUGUUUACCUCACUCUGGACAUUUGACAACAUAUUGGAAUAAUAGUCUGUGGAGGAUGAUUUGAUGGAACAUGUUUUAUAUAUUUUUCUAUAUGUGUUGUAGCUGUCGUGAGAUCGUCAGGUGAGGGUGUUUUUGUGGUAAGAGAGUUGUUUUUUAUAGCAGUCUUGUUUUGCUCUUAUGUAGAGCAAAUUUCGGCAAAAAAAAAAAAAAAAACUUUUUUUCCUUUUUUUCUGUUCUGUGAAAAUAUUACACGUCGUAAUUUUUUGUUUUGUUUACAUUUUAUGUAAUACUUUUAAAACAGUUAAGAAAAAACAUGGAACACAUUAUGGACUAGACCGUGAACUUUAAUUUUUUUGUAGAACAUUUCGUAUUACAGUUUAAAAUUAAUUUACAAUAUCAUAGAAUUUCUCAGUAAUUAAUUAUACAUUACUGUGAUUUGCCACUACAAGCGUAUUUUUUUAUUAAUGGCAAAAUCACAUUUGAAAUUUACCCCUGUAUUUCACAACUUGUUGAUGUUACUUGAGUUUGCCAAAGAAAGAAAAUAAAGUAGACUGUAGACAGUGCAGCGGAGCCAGGAAAGCUGGUUGUCAUGCGGGACUGAUUGUGGGAAGUAUGUUUGGGCUGGAACAGUUUGGUCCACAGAUUAAUAACAGAAAUUUUGGCCACACUGAGAAAAACUUUAACCAGCCAAGAGUGAGCAUGAACUCUCAUUACAAGAGCCCAGGUUUUCAUGCUGGAGGCCCACAAGGGACAGUCGAGCCUGGUAUGGGCCCACUUAACGAGCCUCCUGUGAUUGAGAUGAACAUUAACAUGAAUGGAGGCGAACAGUAUGGUGGAUUUCAGCGAGGACAUUCUGAAUUGCAUGUGGGGAAUCUCCAACAGCAACAACAGGCCUCGAUGCAUGGAUUUUUUAACCCUCAAAGACCUCAUAAUCAUCCCCAUGGACAUCAAACACACUCACACCAUCAACACUUUGGUGGAAAUUUUGGACCUGAACCUGGGUCCUCUUGCUUACACAGCGGAAGGAUAAUGGGUUACAACAGCGGUAUGGGGCUCCAGCAAGGAUUCACAGAGGGUUUUGACCCACUCUCUGAGGGGCAGUCAGCAGAUGGCUUCUCUCAGCAGCAGUCCCAGCAGCAGCAAAGGCCAGGCUCCAUGCCUGAUUUUCAGCACCAUGGACCCCCCAGCGGAAACCACCCUGUCCCUGCCCCAUGUCUUCCCUUGGACCAAUCACCUAAUCGUGCUGCCUCCUUCCAUGGCCUGUCUUCCUCAUCCUCUUCGUCAGAAAGUCACAAUCUAGAGCCCAGACGAAUGCCCCCACCAGGUGGUGUUGAUGGACUGGACUACAACUAUUCCAAUGAGCCCUCAUCUGGACAUUUUGAAGUGUCUGUGUACUCCCCCUCUGAAUCUGAUUCUCAGCUUUCUCAUUUUGGGCCUGGGCGUCAGGUGCCAGGGCCCAAUUUUCCUGGAAACCCAGGGUUGUCUCGUGCUCCUGGAAUGCAGGGCAUCUCUAAAGAGCACCCCCAUGCCCCCCCUCAACAGCAGCAGCCCUCAGCCCAGCACAAUGUGUUCUUUGAACGUUUUGGGGGUGGACGCAAAAUACCAGUGGGGAUAGAGCCUGGAUCCAGGCAUCCUCUCUUGCAGCAGCAGCCAGGCUUGAUUGGCAGACAGAACACUUGCCCACCAUCUCUCCCACAGCCCCCACAAUCAGAGACGGGUUCCGCAAAUGCCGGCAUGCAGGAGGGAGGCGUCAUGAUGCCUGGCCAGCAUAAUCAGUUUGAAUACCCUAUUCACAGACCAGAGAACAGACGGAUGCAUAGUUAUGGCGACCCCAUGUUCAACAUGCAACAGCAGCCACCCCCUCCUCAGCAGCCUUCCAAUCAGAGGCUGCAACACUUUGAUUCUCCUUAUUUAAAUAUGGCUAAGAGGCCCAGGUUUGAUUUUCCAAAUGCCACUCAUGGCGGGGAGAGUUGCAGCAGUUGGAACAGUGGUAUGCAUAACCCGCCUGGAAUGGAGAAUAAUCUCUCUCCAGCAGCCUACCCUGGCCUGCCCGGAGAGUUCACCCCCCCUGUGACGGAUGGCUUUUCAACAGGCCCAUCACUGCAGCUUACAGGGCCUGAGCAGCAGUCAAUGCAGCAGCAACAAAAUGCAGCAUCGAUGAUCAAGCAAAUGGCCUCACGGAGUCAGCAACAGAGGAUGAGACAACCGAAUCUGCAGCAGCUGGGUCACCACAGUGAUGUUCCUCAAGGGCCCCUGGGGCAUGGGGGCCCGGUGGGAGGCAUGCCUCAGUCGAGUUUCGAGAGAGAAAACGGUGGGAGGAUGGUGAACUUUGAUGGACGGAACCCACACAUAGCUUUGGAGAGUGGGUGGUUUCCUGGGCCACAUCCACCUGGGGAAAUGCUGGGCCAUCGCAUGGGUCCAGGUGGAGAGGUGGGGGCUCAUGAAAUGCAGCAAAAUGGUCCUGGCAUGAUGUUCAGAGCUGGUGUGAAUGGAAUGGGCAUGCAGGAGCCUAUGAGGAUACCGGGGGAGGGCCACGUGCAGCCCUUACUUUCACCCAACAUCCACUCACAAUUCAACAGUGGCAUGGGAAACCUCUCACAGAUGCAGUCGCCCAGUACAGGUGUUGGAUUGCCCAACACACCAUCAGAAAGGCGCCCUAAUGACUUUCCGGGACCACCCAUGGGCGGUCCGUCCUCUUUUCCCUAUGGGGGCUCUAAUCGACAGGGAGCCUCUCUCUGUAACUCUCAAGGAGUGAGCACCUCACCAGGGAGUUUUACAUCCCAGUCAGACUUUCCCACUAACCAGCGUUCCUCAGUCAGCAAACUUGGGGGACUCUCCUUAGGGAAUUUUAGCAAAACGAGUGGCAAGGACAAUGUUUUUGGACAGAGCUGCCUGGCAGCCCUCUCUACUGCCUGUCAGAACAUGAUUGCCAGCCUGGGGGCCCCUAACCUCAAUGUGACAUUCAACAAGAAGACUCAGGGAGAAGGGAAACGAAAGCUGAGUCAGACAGAACAGGACCUGAAUAACAGUGCGGUUAAUGGCACUGGGAAUGCUGGGACUGAAUAUUUCCCAAGCAUUGCUGCCCCCCAAAAUGGGCAAGUUCCUCCUGCUGGAAAUAGCAACACUAAACCACCGGGUCAAAAUCAUACGGUGCAGGGGGAAGCCAGCACCCUCUCCCCAAAUUACAAUAUGGACACUACUCCUUGCAGUGAGGGGAAGGCAGCAACAGGGAGUGGGAGAGGGAGAGGGAGGAGAAAAAGAGACAGUGGCCAUGUGAGCCCUGGGAUAUUUUUCCCCUCUGAAAACAGUAACCCUGUUGUAAGUCCCAGCCAGCAGGUGGCCUCAGCGGCUGGUGUCGGGGAGAGAUGUACAGGCACACCUCAAGAGAAGCCCCACACCUCUCCCUCAUGGGGGAAAGGGGGUGACCUGCUGCUGGGAGAUCAGGCUGACCUUAUGUCAUCUCUUGACAGUGGCAUCCAAAGUGUAUCAAAGUCUGAAGUCUGUUCACCUCGCAUGGAUUUUACAGAUGACGUGGGCACACAUUAUAGCAAUGAGGAUGAGGUAUCAUCAAGCUCAGAUGCUCCGUCCACUGUGAAGGCUGGCCGCAGCCCUUUGUUAGGCUCGCCCAAGUUGCAGAGAGACAACGGACUAAUAGGUGGGCAGAAAGGGCAAGGCAUGGGCCUCUCCAACCACACUACCUCAACAUCGGAUGGCUUUGGUGGAGUGGGCCAUCCGGGUACACCAGGUAUGGAGCAAGCCCGUACACCCUCUAGCACCUCUGGCCAAGAUGAAAUUCACCCACUAGAAAUAUUGCAGGCUCAGAUCCAGCUUCAACGGCAGCAGUUCAGCAUUUCAGAAGACCAGCCUUUAGCUGUAAAAAAUAACAAAAAAAGCAGUGACUGCAGUGGUCAAAAUGGAGAUGGAGAGCUUUCUAGCUGUAGCCCGGAUGCCGGGAAGGGCUCCGUGGGCACCAUUGAUCUGGACACACUCAUGGCUGAGCAGCAUGCCACCUGGUAUGUGCCCAGUGACAAGUCUCUGCUUGAGGAUUCAGAGGAGGAGAAGUCUGUUUGGGAAAAAAAUAAAGUCCAGGGAACCAUCAAAGAAGAAGUAGAUCUUUCUCAAAGUAAGACCACAGGAGGAGCAGGUUCCUCGGGGACCACUGGAGGUAUGGGUUCUCAUCUCCAGUGCCUGUCCGUCCACUGCACAGAUGAACUUGGGGAGUCUAAGGGGCGCGGGGGACCAGUUCCUUCCUGGCGUUCCCUUCACUCGGACAUCUCAAACCGUUUCGGAACCUUCGUAGCUGCGUUGACUUGAAGAAACAGAGCAGGAGAAAAGAAGACCUUUCAACUACCAGGAUGAGGAUAAGGAAACAGGACUUCCUUUUUUUAUAUAUGGAGGCAGUAUAAAUCAGUGUUUCUUUGUCAGGAGAAUUUGUGCCCUUUUUGUAGAAAAAAAGAAAAGAAAAAACAUGAGGACUGUCACACUGAACUUACUGUAGGAUGGUAUAUAAAAAGACAAGAUGAUGGUGUACCAGUACUGAUCCAGUCCUCAAUAUUUCUUCAUAUGUCUAUGCAUUCUGAUGGCUAUUCUGUUCAUCCAUUGUUGUGUAUUCUAUGCUUCUCUCAUGCCCACUUUUUUGCCCUCUCUGGGGGUCUCAUUUUUUUCAUCUUUGAAAUAAUUAUUGUUCCUUCUUCUUAUUAAAAAUCCCUGAUUCUAUAUAAGAUCUAGGGUCUUUUCCUGACCCUCUAGCCCACACGGUAGACCUCCCCUUCCCUCAGGGCAGGUAAUUCUAUUGUCAUCAAGGGACACAAGAGUGCUUUGAAAUUUGGUCCUUGCAGGCAUGCUGCUUGCUGCCUUCGCCUUCUUUGGAACCGAAAGGGGGAAUCCUAUUAGAACGUGAUUCAUAGAAAUUCAAUGAUGUCCCCCCCCCCCCCCCCCACCUUUCUCCAACGCUUUUGGUUACUCUAAUCUGGAUUCCCUCAUUACUUGUAUAUUAGGUUUACAGCAUUUUCCAUGUAUCAUUUUAAAUCAAAAUUCCCAUAGCCCAUCGGAUUGUUUCUUGAACACCAAGGAUGCUUCAACACUGGUAUGCCACACAGCUAGAGGAAACCUUUUGAUGUUAAAUGGAUAUCAAAUAGAAACCAGAAUAUUGGUAUUGCACAUGUAAUUUUUUUAGGCAAUCUUAUACUCUUUAGAAAAAUGUUACAGUUGACCUUAAAUACCUGAAAAAGGUUAGAUGGAAGGUCAUAAUGGCAAUGUGGAGAUUUACAGAGGUCCUUUUUCUUUGUUUCUUUUCAUUUUUUAAAGUAAUAUGUAAAGUGCAGUUGUCUGUUUUCCUGCAUAUUGUAUAUAUAUGUAUAUGUUUUAUUGAGUAACUAAAUAACAAUAAAUAUGAUGUUAAUGGU